CGUCAGCGUACGGUUGUAAACGGGUGCGCCAGGCCGAGCAUCACGCCACCAUCGCCUCAUCAGCUCAUUACCACUACCACCGCCCCUCCAGCAGACUUGUUUACCUGAGGUUAUAAAAGUUCCGUACUCAGGUAAAAGAGGACAGAUACCCUGUGGCUUCGGCCUGACGCACUUGUUCUUUGCUUAAGAAAUUGUAAUUACUGUUGUUAGUACCUAAGUGGAAAUCUUGAAUAAAAUUUGAUCUAUGAAGUAAUGAGAUUUCUGGUUUCCUUAUAAUUAUGGCAACUCCUCCUUCGACUCCGCCUAGAUCAGAAGUGAGGGAUCCAGGCCCACAAACGCCUGUGAAUAAUACGGAUGGCAGUUUACUUACCAUGUUUUCAGCCGGGAUUGAAUUGAUCCUCAAAAAAAUAUCGGACAACAUGACUGCUACUACUGCUGCCGCUGCUGUGGAUACACGGACCAGGUUGUUACCUUUCGACCCUGACACAACAGAUGCCGAUAUAGAAAACUGGUGUUCACUGAGUGAGAUAAUAAUCAAACAAAGGAAACUAGAUGGAGUUGACUUGAUUUUGGCCCUUACGCACUCUCUGAAGGGCCGAGCUGCAACGUGCCUUACCAAAAUAAAACCGGACCAGCUCUCCUGGACGACCAUCAAGGAAAUGUUGAUUUCAGCCUUUGCAAAACCAAUGAUGAUGCAAGACUACUUCGACCAAGUGAUAAAAUUUCGACUUAAAGACAAAGAGAGUCCAGCUGAAGCAGGUGCACGUCUUUGGCAACUUAUGGAGAAAAUACCCGAUGCUGACCUACCUGAGAAAGUUCUUACUGGUUUUGCCAUCUCAAUCUUAUCUCAGUGCGAUGACAAAAUUCGUCGGGAACUCAAUUCUGUGGUGAUAAAUAAUAAAAAUCAAUUGUUUCGCACCUUGCGGGGAUUCACCCUGAAGCGGAAAUUUGAAGAACCAUCCAGUUUCGAUAAUGACGCAAAAAAACAACGUCUUACUACUCCUUUUCGUGGAAAUUGUCACUUUUGCGGAAGAAUUGGUCACCGAGGAAGUGAAUGCAGAGAUAAACAGCGCCUUGCGUCUAAAAGUCAACCGUUAUCCAAUAAAACGGAGCCUACAUCUACAACAACGUGUUACAUCUGCAGCGACCCUGGACACGUGGCAACCGCUUGCCCUAAGCGUUGGAAGAAGAAAGAAGAUGUCGCAGCCAGCACCAGCGGCGUUGGCAGCAAACAAGUGAACCUGUGCUCGAGGGCGGCGCGAGAUGAGUAACGAUGAACGUACGAAGACGUACGCCAGUCAGCAUGGCCGUGACGGCGCAACGUCAGCGUACGGUUGUAAACGGGUGCGCCAGGCCGAGCAUCACGCCACCAUCGCCUCAUCAGCUCAUUACCACUACCACCGCCCCUCCAGCAGACUUGUUUACCUGAGGUUAUAAAAGUUCCGUACUCAGGUAAAAGAGGACAGAUACCCUGUGGCUUCGGCCUGACGCACUUGUUCUUUGCUUAAGAAAUUGUAAUUACUGUUGUUAGUACCUAAGUGGAAAUCUUGAAUAAAAUUUGAUCUAUGAAGUAAUGA